GGGCUACCUUCUGUCGCGUUACGCGAGAGUAAAUAUGGCAUUUGUGACUAACGACCAUUCCGGGAAUGAUUUGAAUUCCUCCACCGUUGCUUCGCCUAAUCAAUCAUCGAAGAAUCGAUCGAAGAAGCCGGCCGUUUCCAAAGAACAAAUGUCAGUGAUUUAGUGCGUACAUAUUUUUGUUGUUCAGUAUUAUUUACCUUGCUACUAUUUUGUUGUUUCAAAAGAAUUAAUCGAUAGGAAUGGAAAAUAAUAAGGCUCCUGAAGACAAAUACAGUUUCAACUAUUGGUCGUUCUAUUUGCUGGGAAUGAUCACAAUGUUGCCCUGGUGCUUUUUUCUCGCAGCAGAACAGUACUGGCAGUUCAAGUUCCGGGAUGUAUCGGGAGGAAAUUUUACGGUGGCGAACCAGACUCAAUUGCAAAUCCGGUUCCAAUCGAACCUGGCCGUUACAGCGUCGGUUCCUACGACGAUUUGUCUGAUACUGCACGCCUGUUUCGGCUACUUCAUACCGCUGCAGCUGAGGAUAGUCGGAACUCAAACGAUGAUGAUUCUCACCCUGAUGAUAACCAGCAUUCUUACCCAGGUUGACACCGACAGCUGGCAGAAUGAGUUUUUCUGGAUCACCAUGGCGUGUGCCUUCAUAGCGAAUGCUUCCUCGUCAACACUGGCCGGAACCGUUUUCAGCUUAGCAGGGCAGUUUCCCUCCCGAUACGUUUCGUCCGUAGUCAGUGGCCAAGCGAUUAGCGGAAUCUUCAUAUCGGUGGUGACCAUUGUGACCAUCAGUACGGGAGUUUCGGCCCCAAUGGUGGCUUUUUUCUGCUUUUCGAUUGGAACUGUGGCGAUAUGCGCGAGCCUGACCUGUUACUUCUACGCCAGUCGAAGGCCGUUUUUUCUUUACUACAUUGCACUUACGCAAACGUCGAAACGAAUUUCCUCCAUCGACGAUCGGCCCCUAAGAAUGCAGAACAAAAGCUGGCGAACGACGAGGUUCAUCAGAAUUUUCCGAAAGGUUCGGCUGUUUGGAUUUGCCCUGUGGCUAGCCUUUGUGGUUACCCAAGCUGCACAUCCGGCGAUAACCCUCAAAGUUGUUCCUCAACAGAAAGGAACAGUUUGGACCGAUGUGUACUUCGUACCGGUAAUAAAUUAUUUGGUAUUCUUCCUAUCGGACUACGUUGGUCGGCUUUCAGCGGAGUUUUUAGAAUGGCCAGCCACUAAUGACGUCAAAACAUGUUUGCUUGCGGUUGUAAGGAUCGCGUUUGUUCCCGCUUUUCUAGCUUGCAAUGUUCAACCACGUGGUAAUCUACCAGUUCUGAUCCAAUCGGAUGAGAUAUUCAUUGCGUUGAUUAUUGGGUUUGGGUUCGGGAAUGGAUACCUGUCCAAUAUCAGUAUGAUCGGAGCCCCUCUAGCCGUGGAACAACCGGACAAAGAGAUGGCGGCUGCCAUUAUGACUGGCUUUCUCGGAGUUGGCCUCGCAUGUGGAUCCAUUUUAAGCUGGAUCACCGUUGUGAUUAUAAGUUAA